GAACAGCAGGGCGCGUGAGGAAUAAGAAAGCACACUUUUUGAGCUAUUUCUUUCCCCCCUGCAUGAGUUUGUACAGAUUGAACUUGGCUGCUGGCGCGGAGUCACACACAUGUCACACAGACGUCCCGCUGACGCACCGACGGCCAGCAGGUUCCAAACAGACAGACGGAUCUGAUCUUUACGCACCAUGGAUGAGGGCACGGUGACCGGCAGCGACGCGCCUCCGGAUCUGAAAGACAUCGAGGUGAAAAUGGGACGGAAGAUCCCCGACGGGUUGCUCAGGUGGAUGCGGGAAGAGGCGUCUCCUCUGUCCGCCGCGCACGACGCCAGCACGGACACCAGCAAGAAGAGCCUGGACGAAAAGAUCAGGAAAUUAAAGAUGGAAAUGGCCCACUUGCGUUCUGUGGAUGUGAAGAUCUUGCAACAGCUGCUGGCGCUCCAUGAGGGUAUCGAAGCGGUGAAAUGGCUGCUGGAGGAACGUAGCACAUUGACCAGCCGCUGCAGCAGCCUGACCAGCAGCCAGUACAGUCUGGGCGAGGGACCUGACACGUCCUGGAGAGGCUCCUGGAGCAGCCUGCAGGACCCCAACGACAAGCUAGACAACAUCUCUGUUGGCAGUUACCUGGACACCCUGGCCGAUGACAUGGAUGAGUACUGCGCCUCCAGCUCUGAGUCGGUGAUUUGCUCAUCCACACCGUUAGUCUCAGAGGUAACAGUCGUGGGUCGGACAGUGGGAGGCCCCGGGGCCUCGGGCGCACAGUCUGGGACUGGAGUUGUGGUAGGAGUGAGGUCUGGAACUGCUGCCACUAGAAAUGAAGUUGGAUCAGGGAGCCAAGUUGUGGUGAAUGAGGGUAGAGCCGGGGCUGGAAAUGGGAUGGAUUUGAAACGCAGGUCUGGAACUGGUCCGGCCACUGCCGUCACUGGAAGUUCUGGGACAGGAAGCGGGAACUCUGCAGUUCCUGUUAACUGCCCGCAGUCCACGAUUGAGGGCCCCAAACAAGACACUUCCAUCUGGAACAAAGCUGAAGAGACAGCUGAAGGAGGUACUUUUAAGAAUAAUGCUCAGACAAACGGCAUUAUGUCUAACGCCAUAAAGGACAAAACAACCACAAAAACAGGCGGCCCUGAACAAACCCGGGCCAACCUCAAAGAGAAACUAGGGAUGAGUCAGAGCCCCAAACGCAAACCUUACAAAAACGGAAAAAUCGACAUGGAUACUUGCAAAAUGAAUGGCAAACUUCAUCUGGAGUACGAUGCGCACUGGCGGUGGGUGCAAUCGCAAGAAGACGUGACAUUUUUAUGAGACAGUUUAUCACCAAGAUAACAAAAGCCACAACUGCGCAAGCCCUUUGCAAUGUCAAAGGGGUACAAGGUGGAAAGAACUGCUGUUUUGAAAUGCACACAGUGGGACUUUGCUUGCCGACAGACGAAUCACAAAGAUAUAUGUUUUGUGUUCCUUAAUGUGACUGCACUAACUUUCUAAAACACACUGAUGUCAUUAUGAAGAUGGAUGCACAUUACAGGAUUUAGAUGCUGUUUAGCCCGUCAGAGCUGCCUCACACAAACAUAAGAAAACCUAAUAUAAAUUCAUGUAUUAUUCUCAGGGUGUUUCUUGGCAUUCCCUGAUUUUUAUUUUAUUUUAAUGUAUUGAUCUGGGAUGUAAAGCACAGUUGGAUCUGCCAGAGAGCUGAAACAUAAUUUCAUAUUGUUUGACAAACAGUACCUAUAAAUAUUCUAAAUAAUCACCUACUUGGACACCAAUGCUGCGUUCACAUGUCGGUGUCAGAAAAACUGUCACAGCGGUCAUUACAACAGAACUUAUGCCGUCUGCAGCAGCAGACUGCAGGUGAAGAAGCGCCAUCAUUUUUCAGUGAUAACAAUAGAGACAAUAAUUUAGCCUUAGAGCUUUAGCCAGCGUUAUAUUACAACAGGAAAUCCUGGCUCUGAUAGCAGCUUAAAAAGUUAACUUUCUGUGAGGUUAUGAGUGAAUUCCCUUUUGAAAUAUAUCAAGUUAUUCACAUUUACCUGUUUAAAACCAGGCUACUCUCUGCACUUAAAUAAUACAUCUGUCACAAUCUGUUUUUCCUCCCCGUUAAAGAUUAAACAACAUCCAUCUUGUUCUUGAUGCUGCAGUAAGCAGCACCAAGUUGAAAUUUUUAAAGUUUUGAUGGCAAGUGCUGUCGCAGUGGACAAGCUGCCACAGUCACAGCUAGAGGUGGUGGAAUUUUUCCAUCAACCUCUCACUGAAAACAAUGGAACAUCCAGUUUUUCAUCUGCCACUUUCUGCCGACAUGUGACCGAGGCAUUACAGGACUUAAUUAUUUUGUGAUGUAAACAU